CCCCGUACCAAACAUUGAGCACACAUGUGUUGAAACGCGUGGAGGAAGAGACCUCGCGAAGCUCUUAUUUUUGUCGUUAUUAUUUCAAGUAAGGAUGAGUGGUAAGAAGAGAAAGCUCCCCACUGUCAAGGAUGAAGUGUUCGAAGAUGAAAUUGGGAAUGAUGAUUUCAUGACAAAGCAGUUUGAUGAUGAAGGAAAUUCAGACUCUGAAUAUAGCAUCAGUGAAGGGGAAGAGGAAACUGAAAUAUUAGAGGAUGAAUCAGAUGACGAAUCGGAUGAUGAACCAGAUGACAAGAGUACAGAGAGAGAGGAAAGUAAACAGGUGAAUCAAAAGAAAAUAGGUUCCAAAGGGGGGGCAAGAUCAAAGAAUGCAGAUAGGAAGAGUGGAAAGGAAGGAGCAGAGGCCAAGGAAGAUCAUGCUUCGAAGUCGGACGAGGAAGAAGGUUCAGAGGAGGAAGAUUCUGAUGAGGAAAACUGGCACGAUAUGACAUCAGAUGAGGACACAUCAGAUGAGGAUGGAAGUGAAAUUGACAGUGAGGAUGGGGAGUGGGAGACAGAGAGUGAGAGUGAGGAAAGGGAGUGGGAAGAGGGAUCUAACACUAGCAAGAAUGGGAAGGAUAGUGGUGUUGAGUCAGAUAUGGCUGGUGAGGUGAAGGUGGACAAGGAACUGAAGAAAAGAACAUCAGUCAAAAAAGUUUUAGCUCGUAUUAGAAAUUUAGGAGAGGGAGGAAAUAACAGUGAGGCAAGCACCAGUGGUACAAAUACAUUAAAGAAAAAGGAGAAGGAGGGGGAGGAAGAGGAAGGGAAAGAAUUGUACGACGAAUAUGAAGAGGACUCAUCAGAUGAAGAAGAUCUAAGGAACACAAUUGGAAACAUCCCAAUGAACUGGUAUGAUGAGUACCCACACAUGGGAUACGAUCUGGAUGGAAACCCUAUCAUCAAGCCCGAAAAAGGAGACAAGCUGGAUCAAUUCUUAAGGAUGUUAGAGGAUCCAGAUCAUGGGCGAACAGUGUAUGACAAACAGACUGGCCAGGAGGUACGACUGAGCGAUGCAGACUUGGAUAUAGUGAGGCGCGUCCUAUCUAACAGAGUCCCAGAUGCUAAGUAUAAUAUGUACAGUAAAUGGAUUGACCACUUUACUCAUGAGGUCAUGGACAUGCCUCUCUCUGGCCGGCCGGAGCACAAGAGGUCCUUCAUUCCGAGCAAGAAUGAGGCUGCAUAUGUAGCAAGAAGAGCGGAGUUGAUCAAGAAGGGAAUGGUCACUUACAAGACCAAGCAGAAGAAAAAACGGUUUUAUGACCUGUGGGGUACCAAGGGAGAUGACCAGAUUAGAAGGCUAACGCACCGGUUGGAGACACCAAAAAUGCCUUUACCAGGGCACGAGGAUUCAUAUCGCGCACCUUUAGAAUACAUUAAAGAAUACAAUGCCAGGAGGUUCACUAGUGUUCGUAAAGUUCCACAGUUUUACAAUUUCGUGAAAGAAAGAUAUGAAAGAUGCCUUGACUUGUACUUAGCCCCACGCAAAUUGAUAAAGAAACAUCUACAUAAAGCAGAUGACUUGUUGCCGCGUAUGCCCAAACCCAAAGACUUGCGGCCAUUCCCAACGAGGGAAGCACUGCGAUUUGUUGGCCACCAGUCUGUUGUCAGAACCAUUUCAAUUCAUCCAUUAGGAAAGUUCCUGGCUUCUGGUUCAGAUGAUCACACAGUUAAAAUUUGGGAAAUUAGUACUGGACGUUGCCUGAGAACAUUCAACUUCAAAGGUAUAAUUAAGUGGGUGGCCUGGAAUCCAAGCCCCAAACUAUUUCUGCUGGCGGUGGUUGUGGGGAACAGAGUUUUCUGCAUGAAUCCCGAGACCUACCUCACAGAUCGGGUUGUGGUUAGGCAAACUAAUGCUGUCUUCAGGGUGGAGCCUGAUAAGGGAGAUGAUCAAAUUGGAAAACAGUUUGAACGUGUGAGGACAGCUGUAACUUGGAGGAAACCAGAUGCAACUGAAUGGAGCAAUGGAAUAAGAGUUGUUUUAGAACAUUUCAAGGAUGUCAAACAGAUUGUCUGGCAUAAACAGGGUGACUACUUUGUCACUGUGAUACCCCAUGGCAUGAACAGGUCGAUCCUAAUUCAUCAGCUUAGCCGCUGGAGAUCGCAGAUCCCCUUCACAGCCAUCAGAGCCCGAAUUGAAGUGGCAGAAUUCCAUCCCAAGUUGCCCUUCCUUUAUGUUGUGACCCAGACUCAUGUUCGAGUGUACAACCUUCAGAAACAGACCAUGUUGAAAAACAUCAGAGCCAACAGCCGCUGGGUCUCUUCUAUCAGUGUGCAUCCAGGUGGUGAGCACUUCCUCAUCGGUACCUAUGACCGGAAAGUCAGCUGGUUUGAAAUGGAGUGUACUAGGAAGCCUCAUAACUUGAAGUACCACAAGGAAGCUGUCCGCAGAGUUGCAUUCCACCGCAAAUACCCGCUCUUUGCCUCUGCAUCAGAUGAUGGUAGAAUUAUCGUGUCUCAUGGAAUGGUGUACAAUGACUGGAUAACAGAUCCUCUCAUCGUACCUGUAAAGGAGUUGGCUGGUCAUUGGUUCCUGAAAAAUCUGUGUGUAUUGGACAUCGCUUGGCAUCCCUAUGAGCCUUUUGUCCUGUCAUCUGGAGCAGAUACCACCAUCAGGCUGUGGAGUUAACAGAGUUGGAAGUGUCAGACUAGGGGGAGUUUGUUAUCUCAGAACAAGGUGUAUUUGAUAUAGACAGUCCUUCUACUUCAAGAUUACAUGAAAGGUGACACACACACACUUGUUACUGGAUGGCAAUGUAGGUCUUGCUAUUUUUGGGGUGUAAGGAGAGACAUUGUUGUUGAAGUGUCAAAUAGAUCUUGUUCUGUAAUUCUCUCUUAUUUCCAGGAUACAAUUAUGGUACUGAACUCAAGGAGACUUGUGGUGUAGAUGUAUAGAUUAUAUUGUGCUGUACUUUGAUGUGAUUUGAAUAGCAAAAGGUGAAUGCGUUUGGAUUGAAAGUGUCACUAUACAAGAAUGAAAAUUGUUAUUUUGUUGAAAUUUUCUUUUUUUCUCCUUUUAUAGUAUACUUGAAAAUUAAUAUUGUAAUUAUUGGCCAAGGAAAGAAAUUGAUAGCCUGAGCUGGAUUUUCCAUACUACAAUUUGUUAGUAAAAACAGUUACUGUAUACAUCGUAGCUAUACAAUUCAUUUUUUAUGAUGAAAUGUAACUAUGUCCAGCAUGGGU